AUGACGAGUCUGCUUGACAUUCGAGCGACUUCCCCGCGCAACUGGAAGUAUAUCGCCGAAGGCGGCUCCUCCAUCGUCUUCUCAUAUACAGGUCCCCCACACCCAUCCUUCGAUGAUAUGGCCUUGCGGCUGCGCAAGGCUCUCCUCUCCUCCCCAUCUCGUUUAGUGUCUCCUUCGUCUCUCACUCUGCAAGUCGAAGACCCCGAAGACCCCGCAAUCGCUUUUCAACGUGAGGUCGUCGCGCGAGUGCUUCCCGCGGAGUAUCUCCUGCGGCUCGAGGCCGUCGAAGUCUCUCACGCGUGGCUGGAAGAGCUGGCGGCGCUCACGGAGGAGCGGAGGCCUACGGAGCGGAGGGCCAAAGGUGCGAUUGACGUGCACAAGCGGCGCGCGGUGCUCACGAGGGACCUUGUCGAUGGGCGGGUCUUCACUGUCGAGAUCAAGCCGAAGUGGGGCUUCCUUCCGUCACCGACACACCUCGCGCCGGACACGGCCUCCGUGAAGACGACGACAUGCCGCUUCUGCAUGCACGCUCACACGAGGGGCGUGCUCGACGCGGAUGUGGCACAGGCGUACUGCCCGCUCGACCUAUUCUCAGGCGAGGAGGUGCGUGUGCGGCAGGCACUGCAUGCGCUCUGGGAUGCGUGGGUCAGCACCUCGGGCAUGGCGAACAGCUUGCGGAUAUUCGUUCAGGGACAGACGGUGAGACCGGACGCGAGUCCGUUGUCAAUUCAACCACUUGCCUCGCAGCUGGGUUUACCGGAUGAGUUCACUCUGUUCACCGUGCGCGAUGCAUUUGUGUCCCAAGUCCUGCCAUUACUCCUAGAAACUUCCCUACUUCGUAUACUCUCAAACCUCCAGAGCACCCUUGACCCGCUUGAUAUCGAGGGUCUCUCAUUACUGUGGUCUCGUGCAAACCCAUCGCGAGAACCCCUCCAGACACAAUCUCCCGAUGACGGCGCGCCUUCCGCGCCACCGUUAGGCUCGGGUCUUUCUGAUCCAACAAUUGACGACUGGAAACAGUUCCUCGGGAUAUAUUUAGCUAAGAAUUCACAGAUGGACCACGACCAUCCAGAUAUCGCAGACUUGAAAUACUACUGCCUUGCCUACCUGCUGUCUGCGACAUUCAAGGACUGUUCAAUCAUGUUCAGAAUACCUGAAGAUGGCAGAGGCUCAAUUUCCGUCAUCGACUUGGACAUCAAACCCAUCGACCGGCUUCAGAAGUGGGAGAAGCUGGACAGGGAGAUAGUAGAGGUGUAUAAGAAUGCGUGGAAGCCGAGGCAAUGCGUUGCAGUUGGAAGCGGAUAUUAG